AUGACCCUGUUGUCACUCAAACCGCGCUACCGCCUGGAGCCCAAGAUCCUGAAAGCAUUCAAAGAUAACGUAUGGGGGACGUUCCUGUCAGUUGAUGACCUCGAGUGCUACAGAACAGCAUCAGCACAUGUUCCUGAGCAUAGGCAGUUUACAGACAUGAUGCAUGACGUCUACGCGUAUAUACAACGCUGUGAACAAAUCGAAGAUGCCGGCAUUCCUGCGGCUGCAUCCGACCCACUGGAGGAAAUGCUUGGCCUAUCGAGUUCCCUGGGUCAGUUGAAUUUGACGCACGAUUAA